CGCAAGAACCUCGAUUUCAUUCUUCUUGUUACCUCUAAGCACUCUCUUUCUCUCCCUCUCUCUCUCUCUUGUGGUCGGAGAAUGGAGAAGGAUAAUGACUUCACGGAUCCGUUUCUGGCGACAACUGAGGAGGAGGAGCUCGACCCGAUGACCCAAAAAGCAUUGAUGGAUUAUCUUGGAGUCGGAAGCAGAGCAUCUUCCCUUGUCUCCUUCUCCUCUACAGCCGUCGAUAUCCCUCCAAUCUCCGGCGUUGGAGACUUUGUCAGAGAGUUUAGAAUUGAGUCUAAAAAGCUAUGGAAACUAGCAGGCCCUGCCAUUUUUACAUCGAUGAGCCAGUACUCUCUUGGAGCCGUUACUCAAGUUUUCGCCGGACAUAUUAGCACUAUUGCUCUCGCAGCCGUCUCCAUUGAGAACUCCGUCAUCGCCGGCUUCUCCUUCGGUAUCAUGCUUGGAAUGGGAAGUGCGUUGGAAACGCUAUGCGGACAAGCGUUUGGAGCAGGGAAAGUAUCAAUGCUAGGCGUUUACUUACAACGCUCGUGGGUUAUUCUAAGCAUAACCGCUCUCUUCCUUUCUCUAAUCUAUAUCUUCGCGGCUCCAAUCCUAACCUUUAUAGGUCAAACCGCUGCAAUCUCGGCUAUGGCAGGGAUUUUCUCCAUUUACAUGAUCCCACAAAUAUUUGCAUACGCUAUCAACUUCCCAUCGGCAAAGUUUUUGCAAUCGCAAAGCAAGAUCAUGGUCAUGGCAGGAAUCUCCGGUGUGGUUCUUGUGAUUCAUAGUUUCCUCACGUGGCUAGUCAUGUCUAAGUUCCAUUGGGGACUUCCUGGUUUAGCUUUAGUGCUUAACACGUCGUGGUGGUUCAUCGUUGUGGCACAACUUGUGUAUAUCUUUAAUGGUACGUGUGGAGAGGCUUGGUCUGGAUUUACGUGGGAGGCUUUUCACAAUUUGUGGGGGUUUGUUAAAUUGUCUUUGGCUUCUGCUGUCAUGCUCUGUUUGGAGAUUUGGUAUUUUAUGGCACUCGUAUUAUUUGCUGGAUAUUUGAAGAAUGCUGAAGUCUCCGUAGCUGCACUCUCCAUAUGCAUGAACAUUUUGGGAUGGGCAGCUAUGGUUUCAGUUGGGACAAACGCAGCAGUAAGUGUGAGAGUGUCAAAUGAGCUUGGAGCUAGCCACCCAAGAACGGCUAAGUUUUCUCUAGUUGUGGCGGUGAUAUUAUCGACAACGAUCGGGAUGGUUAUAGCGGCUGGCCUACUAUUCUUCCGAAACGAGUACCCUGUUUUGUUUGUGGAAGAUGAAGUAGUUAGAAAUGUGGUUAGAGAACUCACGCCAAUGCUUGCCUUCUGCAUUGUCAUCAACAAUGUUCAACCUGUACUGUCUGGAGUGGCUGUGGGAGCGGGAUGGCAAGCGGUUGUAGCUUAUGUGAACAUAGCAUGCUACUACUUGUUCGGAGUCCCAUUUGGUCUAUUGUUGGGAUUUAAGCUUGAAUAUGGAGUAAUGGGAAUUUGGUGGGGGAUGAUGACGGGAACUUUUGUUCAGUCGAUAGUCCUGACUUGGAUGAUCUGCAAAACCAAUUGGGAGAAAGAGGCUGCAAUGGCAGAGGAAAGGAUUAGAGAAUGGGGAGGAGUACCAGAGAAAGAGACUCUUUUGAACUAAAAAGAGAUUUUACUUCAAGACAUGUUAAGGAGUCUUUCAAAUCACAUUUUUGUAUACGAACCUUAAAGGAAAUUUGGUUCUCUUUUUCUUAAAAAACUGUAACUUGUUAUGUCAUCAAACGCUGACAAGAUAUGUUAUCUAUAAACAUUAUUGACUUUU